AACACUGAUUGUAAUGUUUGCAAUCUAAAUUAUUUUAAAGGGUGAAAUAAGGUGCCGGCGGCCAAGGAAGAGAAAAAUAAGAACACCCUAGUUUUCUACGACGGAGAGAAAAACGUUCCUCAAAAUUCAAAGAAGAGUUCCUCUGUAAAUGGCGAUAUUCCUCAAUCUCAGAAAGUUAAGGUUAGAAACCUUAAACCCGUUCUCGCUCUCAAAUACAUUUUUCUAUUACGAAUCCCAAAUGGGUUUUUAUUCAACAGUCCCAUCAUCGACUCCACCACCACCACCAAGAGUUCACCAAAAGAACGUUUCUAUUUUCUGGGAUUUAAACAACAAACCCCCAAACCCAUUUAAGCCAUACGAAGCGGCACUCAAGCUCAAGAAAACCGCUUCCUCUUUCGGGUUCGUUCGCCACACGGUUGCCUUCGCGAAUCGCCACGCCUUCAGCUACGUUCCGGCAGCCAUUAGAGAGCAAAGGAAAGAUCGAAAGAAGCUGACGCAGUUGGAGAACAAGGGUUUAGUUAAACUCCCAGAGCCGCACAUUUGCCGGGUAUGCGGUAGAAACUUUUAUAACCAUGAAAAGUUCGUUAAUCAUUUCAAGCAGAUUCACGAGCGAGAGAACACAAAGAGAUUGAAUCAGAUUGAGUCAGGUAGAGGGAGUCGGAGAGUGAAGCUGGUGGCUAAGUAUUCGAUGAAAAUGGAGAAGUACAAGAACAGCGCCAGAGAUGUUUUGACUCCAAAAGUGGGGUAUGGCUUAGCAGACGAGCUAAAGCGAGCUGGGUUUUUGGUAAGGGCGGUGUCCGAUAAGUCUCGAGUGGCUGGCAUUGAAAUGAGGGAUCAUAUAGUUGAGAUGAUGGAUUUGAGGAGAGCAGAGUGUGUGGUGCUUGUUUCGGAUGAUUCAGAGUUUUGUAAUGUUGUUCAGGAAGCUAAGAUGAGGUGCUUUAAGACUGUGGUUGUGGGGAAUGUUAAUGAUGGGGUUUUGAAAAGGAUGGCAGAUAGUUCCUUUUCAUGGAAGGAGAUUAUGAUGGGGAAGGCUCGGAAGGAGGCUGUGUCUGUUCUAGGAAAGUGGAAAGAUCGAGAUGUUUUGAAGGGACUGGAGUGGAGUUAUAAGCCAGAAGAGGAGAAGGGUGAGUUUGAUUCUGAUGAUGAUGAUGAGAGUGAGGAGGAUGAGGAUUUUGAGAGAAGGUUUGAGGAAGAAGAUGGUAGUGGUGGUAGUUUGAAGAAAGAUCAGAGCCGUUCUUGGUGGGAGAUGGAGUCUGGUGGUGAUUCUAUGACAUCACACUCGUGUAAAUGAAUGUUCAAUUGAGUUGGUUUUGAACAAUAUUGUGUACACUAAUGUUAGAGGGCAGUGAUAGGCACCACACUAAUCCAACAUUUAACGUCAAAUGUUGGAUGUUGAUUUAAUGUUGUAGAAUCGCUUGCACUAAUACAAAUGUUGGAUGUUAAUUUAAUAUUGUGGGAUCACUGGUAACACCCAUUCUCUGGGGACGACCAUUGCAGUUGUGAGGAUCCCUUCGUUCUUAGAACAUUGGAUUCUCACUAACGUUUUUGUUACUCAAACUGACAAUCUUGCUUCCGCCUCAACUACCAGACAUUCUCCUCGACUACCAGACAUUCUUGCUUCUGCUUCAUCUACCUACCAUUGCUCGUGCUGGUGUUUCAAGUACACUAUAGCAAUGCUCAUAUGUAUAUUUUGAAAAUUGAGUUUGGUUCAUCUAGUUUAUCUGGGUUUACACCGAGUCAAUGACUUAAUUUUAUGAGACAAGUUUUGGAUUUAGAAGUUGGAUCCCAUCCGAGUGAAAACGAGCAUUCUAGUAGUUAUACUUAUGAUUGUUCAGGUGAACUGAUUUUAUGCGGAGGACUUGAAAUAACAGACUGCCUGUGGGUAGUAAUUUGUUGAAGAGAGGGAUGGAUACCAAUCCUUUGUGUUGUUGGUGUGGGCGGUGGGGUUGUCAAAAAAACCAAAAAUAUUUGGAAGCUGCUAACUUGUAUAGCUGCUUUCCUGAUACAUGUGACGACCCUUUGACAUUUCUGUUUCAGGUGCUAUCCAGAUGCACUGAGGAGGAAUUUAAUAAUCUGGUGGUUCUCUCUUGGGCGGUUUGGAAUAGAAGAAAUAGAAAGAUUGCUGGCACUUGUGUUCCUCAUGAUUCUGAUUUGCCUGAAGGGACCAUUUCCUGGUUGAAUCUUUACCAGGCUGCGUUAGGCUCUAAGAAAUGAACUCAGAAAAGGAACCCCGGUGUGCUCUCCCAGAAGGUGGAAGGUGGACUGCUUAUUAACUGCGAUGCUUCAGUUGUUAAGGACUCUGUUGGGUGCGGUAUUGGGGUGAUUAUCAGGAAUGACAGGCGAAGUUGCUGCUGCUGAUGUGAUUUUACAAAGCGAGAUUAUUUUCUGUGGAGAUGGCUGAGGCGUUAGCGGUUCAACAUGGUGCUGAUAUGGCCUGAAGGAUGAAUUACAGCAAUUUCGAGUUAACUUCUGACUGCAACUAUUAUCUCUAGCUUGAACAGCAACUGUAUUAAGGAGGUGGACUGGGGGAUUGCUAGUGAAGACAUCAAAGACUCUCUUCCUUUUUUAAAUCCUUCAGAGAAGCCAACAUGGCUGCACAUUGUCUCUCUAAAUAUGCUUUAAGAAGCUUUGUUUGUUGCUCCUGGUUGGGGGUUACGCCUUUUCGUGCAUUUGCGGCUGGGUCAGCUGAUUUGCCAAACCUUCUGUAAUUCAGUUUGCUAUCCCCUUUUUUUUUUUUAAAAAAAAAAGAUCUGUUUUUUUAGUUUGCAUUACUGUAAAUUGUGGAAAUUGAUUUUGGUUAAGUUCACCUAAUUUAUCGUGGAACUAUUGUACCAGGUAAGUUUUGGCUUUGGAA